CUUCUCUCGCGUUGCGUUGAAAAUGGCGGCUCCUCGUGUUGACCUAGAUUAUGUCAAGCAGAUCGACAAGGCCCGUCGCGACCUUCGCGCUCUCAUCUACAGCAAGAACUGCGCUCCUCUCAUGCUUCGUUUGGCGUGGCAUGACGCUGGAACCUACGAUGCCAAGACAAAAACAGGAGGUCCUAACGGGUCAAUCAGAAGCGAGCAGGAGUUGAAUCACAGCGCAAACAAUGGUUUAAAACUAGCAGUGGAACUUUGCCAGGAUGUGAAGGUCAAACAUUCAAAAAUCACAUAUGCGGAUCUGUACCAGCUUGCUGGUGUUGUUGCAGUAGAGAUCACCGGGGGCCCAACAAUUGACUUCAUUCCAGGCAGAAAGGAUUUAAUGAUGUCCCCAGAAGAAGGGCGGCUUCCAGAUGCUAAACAAGGUGCAACGCAUUUAAGGGAGGUGUUUUAUCGCAUGGGUCUCACUGAUAAAGAUAUUGUGGCUCUCUCCGGAGGCCACACACUGGGCAAGGCACAUAGAGAACGGUCAGGCUUUGAAGGCCCAUGGACCAGGGACUACAUGAAGUUUGAUAAUUCCUAUUUUAAGGAAUUGCUGAGAGAGGAGCCAAGUGACGACAAUUUAUUGAAGCUUCCCACAGACAAGGCUCUGGCGGAGGAUCCUGAGUUCCGCGAGUAUGUGGAGCUUUACGCAGAGAAUGAGGAUGCUUUUUUCGUAGAUUAUGCAGCUUCCCACAAGAAACUCUCAGAGCUAGGCUUCAAGCCGCGUUGUUCAGUCCAGAUUUUUUUCAUCAAGAUUAGGAUGCUCUUUUCGAAGAUUCUUCCGACUCAGGGCUAGAGAGGCUUGGUGACUUCCGCCUUCCCCUUUGCCCAUGCGCAUGGAAAUACUUGUUUGUUGCCUGUAAAUGUCAUCAACGUUCCCCCUUGUGCAAUCCUUUUAACAUCAAAUAAGGUGCUCUUUGCAGAAAACA